ACGUCAGGGGUCAAAGUUCGUGUUGACACCCGCAGACUCACGGCUAAAUAUAAUAUGGCUGAAUUAGACAUUGGCAAGCAUUGUCAGAUCGACUCCUGCAAUCAGACAGAUUUCCUUCCAUUUGUUUGUGAUUUGUGCAGCGGUGUUUUCUGCCUUGAGCACAGAAGCAGAGAGGCCCAUUCAUGUUCAGAGGAGCCAGUGCGAACUGAAUCCCAGACCGCUGGUGGCGGUACAAGUUAUCCAUGCUCACUUCAGGACUGCAAGGGCAAAGAAUUGUUGCCAGUAAUAUGUCCGCAGUGUGAAAAACAUUUCUGUUUGGCCCAUCGUCAUCAAAAUGAUCACAAGUGUGAGAAGUUGGAGAUCCAAAAGCCUCGAAUGGCAGCCACAAAAGCGCUGGUCCAAAAGAUUGUUGAGUCAAAGGAUGGAUCUAAAACUAAAGGACGGAGAGGAGCAAAGAACAGUGCAACUGCAGCUAAGGUAGCAUUGAUGAAACUGAAGCUGCAUGCUGCAGGGGACAAGGGACUUCCACAGGCAGAAAGAACAUAUUUUCAGGUGUUUCUUCCUAAAGAGUCCAAAGACUCGAGCCAACCCAUGUUCUUCUGUUCCAAAUGGAGCGUGGGAAAAGUGGUUGAUUAUGCAGCCACUCUCGCUGGCCUCAAGAACAACAAUAACAUACUCACAGCUAAGAAGCUGCGGUUAUGUCAUCCUCAGACAGGUGAGGCUUUCCGCAUGGAUGACACUUUGCUCUUGCUGCUGGCUCACCCGGAUACGCCGCUGUACAAUGGGGGUCAUGUGAUCCUGGAGUACCUGGACAAUGAGUGCACAGGCCUGGAGGAUGUUUCUGACUACAUCACACAGACCUAGUGUGGAUAAUUUUUGUAUGCCGUUUGUAUUUCUGUCAAUAAAAAUGUUCUUUCUAUCUAAA